UCUCUCUCUCUCCCUCUCCCUCUCCCUCUCCAUCCGUUUACCCCUUAUAGUAGUACUAUGCCAAUCCCCUCUGACACAAAGUGCACAAAAACGAACAAGGACGAGUUCUUAAGAUUGGGGUUCACGUCCGAGAGCCCUCCCGUUCUACGUUGUAGGGAUGCAGAUCUGAGCAUGAGAUGCAAACGAGGACCCAGAGUGCCUGGAUUUGCAAACGAGGACCCAGAGUGCCUCGAUUUGCAAACGAGGACCCGGAGUCCCUCGAUUUGCAAACGAGGACCCAGAGUCCCUCGAUUUGCAAACGAGGACCCAGAGUCCCUCGAUUUGCAAACGAGGACCCAGAGUCCCUCGAUUUGCAAAUCCAGACCUAUUUUGGCUGGGCCUCUCGAUUUGCAAAUCCAGACCUAUUUGGGCUGGGCAGACAUUAUUCACCACAACAGGUCCAUGGAGACCUAGCCUCUCCUCCCUUUAAACAGCCUCUCUUCCCUUUAUGAUUCUCUCGUAACCUAGCUCUUCACCAAAGCCUCUCUUCACCAAAGCACCAAAGCCUCUCUUCACCAAAGUAAGUGCUUUCUUUUACUUUUUUGUUUGAAUCGAAUUUUUGUUGGAAUCUCGGUUUGGUUCCAAUAUUUCAAACCCUGGAUCUGGAUUUGUUUCCAUUUACUUUUUUAACUUGGUUCGAAUAUUUCAAACCCUGAUUUGUUUUACUUGUGUUUGAUUCAUC